GUCCUUGAUGCCUCAACACUCAGCUUUGGUACUCGGGUCAGAUGGUUUGCCAUAUGUUUUGUUGCUGGCAUUGUGUGUUCUAUUCUUGGAACAGCAUUGCUAUGGCUCCCACAGGGAAUCAAACUUUUUGCACUGUUUUACACCUUGGGAAAUAUUGCUGCAUUAGCCAGUACCUGUUUCCUGAUGGGGCCACUGAAGCAACUGAAAGCAAUGUUUGAUCCAAAAAGAUUAAUAGCUACAGUUGUGAUGUUGCUUUGUCUAGUAUUGACUCUCUGUGCUGUAUUCUGGUGGAAGAAAAAAGGUUUGGCGAUGUUAUUCUGCAUAUUGCAGUUCUUGGCAAUGACCUGGUAUAGUCUGUCAUAUAUUCCUUUUGCAAGGGAUGCUGUGAUUAAAUGCUUCUCAUCCUGUCUAGGGUAA